GGAAAAGACUGAACCUGCCAAGCGUAGUAUUAGUACUUUUAGCAACACCUCCAAUUCUAAAUUAUCUGCUGUGGCACAAAUUAAAGAAGAUGAUGCUCGCUCGGUUCGUUCGUCUACAGGAUCUGUAACUAGUAUUGAUCAAGAUGAAGCUAACCGUGUUCCUACUGGAUCAUUCCCUGAUACUCCUUUCUUCUUGAAGUCAGAUGCAUCUGGUUUUUAUGUCAGUACAGAAACAGCUACCUCUACUAAGGCUGGUAGUCAACUCACUAUUGAAUCUCUCCGCAAGAAGGCAUACGAAAGUCAGUUAUGGACCUAUGAACCUACCACUUGCCGUAUUGUUAACAAGAUGACUAAACUCGUGCUCGGUAUUGAAAAUAACGCAAUCAAGGACGGCUCUGAUAUUUGUCAAGUUACUUCAUCCCCCGCUCAAGACAAGACUCAGGCCUGGACCCUCUCCGCCGAAGGUGAAAUCACGCUCAAGAGCGAUCCCAGCUUUGUUAUUGGAUUCAAGGAAAGUUGGUUUGGUAACCGUGAAGGCGCUCACCUUCAUCUUCAAAAGAAGAACGGUGGACAUCAAAAUCAGAAAUUCACCGUGGUAUUACCUGUCUUCAAAAAGAGUGAGGCAGUCAAAGUUGAACAGAAGGGUGUCUUCCCUGAGGGUUGGUUCUUUGUCAAGAGUCAGGCUCACGGUCUCGUUUUGACCGUGCUUGAAACUGGUGUUAUUGCUGCUGAAGUAGAAGCUACCAAAUUAGAUACAUCCAACUACGCCCGUCAGCUUUGGAAGUUCGAUAAUGGAUUCCUUGUCAACAAGGCUUCUGAAAUGGUCCUUGAUAUCCGUGGAGGUUCCAUUGCAUCGGGUGCAACCAUUUGCCAAUACACUAAGAAAACUGAAGAUGCUGAAAAUCAAAAGUGGGGUUUAACCGUCGAAGGUUCCAUUCAUCCUGAAUCUAACAAGGGCUUGGCCUUGACUGUCAAGGAAGAUGAAACCGUUAGAUCUAGUUUGUAUUUGGCUGAAAGAAAGACUUGUGAUAACAAAGGGCAGUGCUGGAACUUUGUUUUGCCUGUAUUCAAAAAGAAGCAAGUUACUACCACUGUCAAACAAUCUUUCAAGACUGCCGCUUAUCCUUCUGGCUGGUUCUUCAUUCGAUCCCAUGUGAAGGGCUCAACUACCGAAUCUCCUUAUGUAUUGACUGCUACUGAAAAGUCUAUUGAACUCACUUUACUUGAUCGUGAAAACUGGCAAUCUCAACUCUGGUCCUACUCCAAUGGUCAAUUGAUAAAUUAUGCUACUGAUCUCAUGAUUGAUGUCAACUGUAAGUCCUUUUUUUAUUACUCUUUUCUAAUAUUAGCGAAUUAAAAUUUUAUGUGUAGCAUUCUCCGCUGGUUCCGAGCUCAUUCAGAAC